AUGCGUUGUACAAAGCGACUUCCAUUGAUCCUCUCCGUCUUAGCAUUGCCACUGAUCUUCUCAGUCGCAGCCGACGCAAAGAAGAAUGUCCAGGAUGUAGAGGCUACGGCCGGUAACAGCGCCUUUGAGCCCGAGCUCUGGCAGCUCCACGCCCACGGCCACAACCAUCUCAACAACAACGUCCACAAGAAGAUGAGCAAGUCCCAUUCCAAAAAGCACCACCACCAUAAGGCCUCCAGCAGCAAAAAGAAGGCUGCCGUGGCCAAGCGCGCCGUGGCUGCCGAUAACAUUGACGGUAUUGCCGCCUUUGAGCCCGAGCUCUGGCAGCUCCGUGCCCACGGUCAUCACCACCAAAUCCAGAAGGACCACCACAAGAAGCAACAAAAGCACAAGAAGAAGGUCCUGGCGGCGGUCAAGAAGAUUGCAGCCAAGAAGAAGAAGGCUGCGAUUUUGAGCAAGCGGAUUGUCAAGGAUGGGCCUGAGGAACAGAGGGUUCUUUCGUCUGAGGAUGAUGAUCAAGAGAAUGAUGAUCAAGAGGAUGAUGAUCAAGAGGAUGAUGAUCAAGAGAAUGAUGAUCAGGAGAAUGACGAUCAGGAGAAUGAUGACGAGGCUGUCGAUGCUGCGCACAAGAAGGAGAAGAAGGGUGGGAAGAAGGAGAAGAAGCAUGGUCAUAACCAUGAGGAUGAGGAACAUGACAAGUAUGAUGUUGAUCCUGCGGAUGAGCUUGCGGAUGAAUAUAAGAAGGAACAUGGUGGUAAGGAUGCUGAGGAGGUUGAGCGUGAGAAGGAGGGUGGUAAGAAGGAGCCCAAGGAUGGCAAGAAGGAUCCCAAGGACGGAAAGGACCCCAAGGAGCCUAAGGAUGGAAUGGAGCCCAAGGAUCCUAAGGAUGGAAAGGAACCCAAGGAGCCUAAGGAUGGAAAGGAGCCCAAGGAUCCUAAAGAUGGAAAGGAGCCUAAGGAGCCUAAGAAUGGAAAGGAACCCAAGGAGCCCAAGGACGAAAAGGACCCCAUGGACGAAAAGGACCCCAUAGACGAAAAGGACCCCAUGGACGAAAAGGACCCCAUGGACGGAAAGGACCCCAUGGACGGAAAGGCCCCCGUUGAUGCCAAGACCCCCGUUGAUGCCAAGACCCCCAAGGAUGGCAAAGCUGCCGUCCCUCCAGCAGCCAUCAAGCCUGCUCCCAUUGUCCCUGUCCAACACAUGGGCGAGUUCCUGACCAAGUGCAAUACCCCCGGCCAAGUCGCCCUUACCUUUUCCGAGGGACCAAGUGAGGCCACGACCCAGAUGCUCGAGAUCCUGAAGGAGGGCAAGGCCCGCGUGACCUUCUUUGCGAACGCAACCUGGCUCGAGUACAUGCAGUACGCCGGUGUCACCCGCCGCGCCUACACCAACGGCCACCUCAUCGGCAUGACCUACCGCCUCCCCAACGACUCCUCUAAGGGCAUGUCAGACGUCGAACUCAAGGCCGACAUUGCCAAGCAGGCCACAAAGAUCUUUAACCUCAUCGGAAAGUACCCUAAGUACGUCCGUCUCCAUGACGCUGGCCUCAAGGACCCCAAACUCGAGCCCACCAUACGUGAGAUGGGUUAUACCCUUGUCGGUUUCAACCUUGACGAGGCCGAUUACAAGUACAACACCCGUGAGCAAGCCCCCCAGAUUGCUGGCAUCUACGAAUCGACGUUCACCAAGCAGGCUGACGCUUUCGGUCGCAAGGGAUCCUACGUUGUUGUCGGAUACGACAUCCCUGCCUCUGGCGCCGCCGCCGCUCUGCCCGACAUCAUCACAACGAUCAUCCGCAACGGGUACGACAUGGUCCGCCUCGACGGCUGCAACAACGACAGCAGCCCGUACAAGAAGUCAGCCCUCUUGAACGAUGGUUUCGUCGGUGACGACUUCUCCUUUGGCGCUGCCAAGUAUGUCCAUGGACAGUCCCCCGUCUCUGUUCAGAACGGAAAGGCUGUCGCUGGAAACUUUCCCGCUAAGGUUGGUGACACGCCCAUGUCUGGUGCUGCCUCUAGCCUCGUGUCUUCGAUCGUUCCUGGUGCCGUCGGUUUGGUCGUCUCCUUUCUCUUCCAGUGGCUCAACCGCCACUAA